AUGAGCGAAGAGAACACAGUACCCAAUCCACCGAUACCUGCUGGCUCCCCCUCUCAGGACAUCGACGUCCCAGUCAUCACCAGUGCGAUAUCGGUAUCGUCUCCAGCGAUCCGCCGCCGCAAGGAGGCGCCCCCGCCGUUGGUAUUGCAGAGCGGAAUGUCAUUCCUGACCUCCGACCCCCGUCCGCGAGGCACCAAGAAAGUCAUCCGCCGCCGCGCCUCCAUAUUCGGUGCAAUGCUCGGUUCUUGGAAAUCAAAAGGCAUCAAGAAACAAGUCAGCCACCCGGCCAGCAAAUGCGCCGACGCCGCCACAAACACGAACACUAACGCCCAGGGCGGAGGCAGACUGCGUCUCCUGAAGCGAGCAUCACUAGGCAAUCUCUUUUCGGCAAGCGAGCCGGAUGAGAAUGUCGAGGAUAGUGGGUAUGCCAGGCUCACUGGGUGGUCGCCGGCCCCGCACACGACGAAGUUCCCUUCUUCUGUUGCUCCUGCGUCUGCCGACACGCAGUGGGGGAUGAACAGCGCCUACUUCAAUCCGUUCACCACUCCGCCGCGUACACCGUUCUCGCCGAUGGUGGAUAACUGCAAAGGCCUGGAAUCCCCUGGCUCCCCCGAUAGUUAUUUCGACGUCCCGCAAGUCAGGCGAGGAACGGGCAGCAGCUGGAAGACGCUGAAGAUAUUGGGCGACGAGGCUAAAGAUGCCAUCGCAGCGAAGUACAACCAGGAACUAUGA